UGGCGCUGCUGGCGCUUUACGUGCGUCGUUUUCUGUCGUGUUUGCGCGUUGCGAUAUGUAAGCAAAGCGGCUCGAUAUUCGCACGUUCGAAUGCGCGUUUUUGGCUGCUCCUGGCCGGAUUCUCGUCAACGUCGACAAAUGAGACGUAGUGAGCGACGCCGAGGUAUCGACCAGUGCUUGCCGAGAGUGCGACUAAAUGAUGAACUAUCUAAACAGUAUAGCAGGCGGCACUACGACCGCAGACUCGGGUUUGCAAUUGAACAACAUUGAGAUUCUGUAUACCAAGGUACAGAGGAUUUACAUCAAACCGCAGCACAAGGAGGAACGCCAGCGAGAUCUCAGAGUCAACGUCGAGAUCCACGCUGGAAUCAGUCCGGUUUGCCGGAAGAGCUUGUGCGUUUUGAUAGCAGACGACGACGAUCCCUGUUUUCUCUACUCUUUGUUCAUUACUGAGGACGAUUUUAAACUGUUAAAAGCACAACAGGGUCUCCUGGUUGAUUUUGACAACUUUGCCACGCAAUUGAUAUGCUUGCUGGAACAAUGUCACAUUCCGGCAAAUCCGUCAAAGACCCCACCAAAGUUUCUUUUGCUUCUGGCAGAAGAAUCCAGCGAGUGGAAUUUCAAACUUGUCGAGACAAACAAUUUCAAGCACCUCUGUCACUUGAGUCUAAAUAUAUCACCUGCCCGUGAUUCUGACUUAAAAACUCACAUGGCAAUGAAGAUUAAACAAUUGAAGGAAAAUCUCAUGCAACAAAAUAGAGAUGCGAUUAAUUUAGAAACUAGAGUAAACGAUUUAACAAGCAAGCUAGAAACAAAAAUGAAAGAAUUGGAUCAAUUGGAGCAAAAAUAUUUAGCUGAGAAGAGUCAGAUACAAAUUAAUUCUUCGCAACAAAUAAGUUUGGAAAAAGAUAGAUUCGCUCAAGCACGAUUAGAAUGGCAACGACAGAAUGAAAAAGAAAAAAUGGAGGUUGAACAGAGACAUGCUGAGAUUGUAAAACAACUACACACAGAACUUGCCGAGCUGCGGACGCAGAACAUGACGUAUAGGGACAAGCAAUCCUUUUUGGAAGCUACGAACGCAGAGCAAGUAAAAGAAAUACAGAAUCUUGAGAAAGAACUUAAUAUCGCCCAACGAGAUUUGACACUGGUCAAGAAGCAAAACUCGAAGUUAGACGUGGAUUACCACGACAAGGACAAAACCGUAAAUAGCUUACGUACAAAAGUAGCUGUGCUCGAACAAGAAUUAAAAGACAAAACGGUGAUCAUCAACAAGCACAUGGAAAUGUUGAAAACGGGCAAGGAACAGAAGCAACAUUUGGAAGAGCUCUUAACGGAAAAGGACAAUCAAUUGCAACGCAAGCAAAAUUCUUUGAGAAGUUUAAGCGACGAAUUGGUGAAAGCCAAUGAAAUUCUAACCAAAUUGCAAAAUGAACUCGCAUCGACCAAAUCGAAGUUGAAAUUAAGAACAAGUAUAGCACUUGAGCAGGAAAGACUGUUGGACAGUAAACAAAAGGAAGUCGGACAAUUGGAAACUAAAAUGGAAUGCCUCGCCAAAGAGGCGAAAGAUGCCAAGAAUGAAGUAGAUGCACUGAAAGAACAGAUUAAAACGUUGCAGUACCAGUUGGAGGAAAAGGAAAAGACUAUAAAAAAUAACGACAACGUGAUUAGUUGGUUGAAUCGAAGAUUGGCGGACAAUCAGUCGCCUUUACAAAGUGCCACCACUCCGGCUCCGGUCGCGAUUCCAUCCGUCCCGCUGACGUUACCCAGAACGACCAAGUUGUUUCCCAACCGAUACGAAACACGCACACCCGCACCUAGCACGACGCAGCACAGCACGCUAUCGGGUUUACCCAUGAAAAAUCCGAUCGUGCAGAAUCCGAACAUUAAUCAAACCACUCGUGCAGCAGCGCGGUCGAUGGGUGUCGGUGGGAUAACCGAAAGUUCCGUCGGGUUAACUACCUUCAGUAAAAGCGGUCUCAUCUCGAGCACGAGCACACCCAUGGAUCGCUUCAAUGUGAUAAACAAAGCAUCUGGAAAUCCACCGGCCUCGACGUCGGCGCCGGCUAUAAUUGAGAACAACAACGGUCCGACGGUCAUCUCGAACGGCACCAAGGCGAAAUCCGCGAGCGUUGGCUUGCAGGGCGGACUGAGGAGAGCGGGUUUAACCGACAAGCCUAUUUUACCCUCGGCGUAUUUUCCCAAAACCCUGCAUUGACGCUAGAUGUGUCCUCCAAUUAGAAUUAUUAACACAGAUGAGUAUAACUCAUGUCUAUUUAAAUUUUUUUUUUUUUUGUUUUUUUUUUAAGAAUCAAAAUGUGCAAACGGCAAAGUUGCAAUAUUGCCAUUGAGUGACAAUACUUGAAGUUUGUCGUAUUGGGGAGAUGAGAGUACAAAUAUUUGUAAGAACGACAAGUAUUAUUUAAAAGACAAUUUUUUAAAGAGAGAAUUUGAUAAAUUUUUAAUAUCGAUACUUUUUAUACAGAGUAUCCGGAAACUACUGGAAAAUAUUUUUGUGACGAAGUUCGUUGGGACACUGUAAAAGACAAAUUUUAAUACUUGAAAUAUUAUCAUAUUUUUAACUAUUAUAGACACUCGUACAAUUUUGUAAGAUUUUCAAUAUUUUCCAGUAGUUUUGAAAGACUUGUAUACAGAAAGGGUAUGUAUCAAAACAGUGAUUUAGCUUCCUUAUUUAUCACGAUCACGACUUAACCAUCACGCAACGACCACUUAAUAUUGUUUUUUUUUUUUUAUUAUAAUUUCGUAAUUAGUUUUUUUUUUUUUAUCGUUUACAUGCUAAUUACGAUACGUUCUGACAGGCGUACCUGGAGAAAAUAAUAUUAACACAUUCUAUAUAUAUAUAUAUAUAUACAUACAUACAUAUAUAUACAUAUAUAUAUAUAUAUAUACAUUUGUAGAGCUCUCUAGUUUUAUUUGUAACUGUAAAGAUCGGGCAAAAUCGUUAGACAACGUUGGAGAAACAAAGAAACGUGCCUUACGUCGCGAAAACAUUUUGUUACGCAUAUAAAUUAUAACGUACGAUCUGUUGUAUAAAUUUUGAUGAGAACGCAAGAAAGAGAAAUUGUUCGCUAAUUAACUCAAACAAAAUUCUUGUACGAAAUAGGUCUCUCAAAAGACACGCGCCGCACACUACGGUACGUGUAAAUCUAGUAAAUUCAAUUUUACCAAGCACGUCAAUUUUAUUAAAUUACAUAUAUAUAUAAAUAAAGCAACGCAGUAUUAAAUACGACAAAUAGCUGUAAGAAAGAGAUGGUAAACGAUUUCGUAUAUUUUACUACUUUUGUACAUAUGAACUUAUAUAAUAAAUCGUUUGUAUCAUACGAUAAUAAUAAUAAUAAUACGUGUCUUGUAUGGAAA